ACAUAGCUAUAAAAAAAUUAUUUUUAAAUUUUUCAAAUGUAUAGUGUGUUUCUUAGUUAAAUCCAGCGCCGCUUAGUUCAACUGCGGUUAUAUGGGCUGCUAAAUACUUCCACAGCCAACAUGGCAGGCGCAGAGGGGUCAAUAAGUUUCUUUAGUGCUCUAAGUACCUUUUCUGGAAAACUUGUCAGUAAAUUGUUUACCAUGAAUCCUGGUAGAAAUCUGAUAUGCUCACCACUCUCAAUACACUCCUGCCUGGGUAUGAUUCGAUUGGGCGCCGAUGAGGGCACUACGACGGCCAAGGAGCUAGAUAAGGGCAUCGGGUUUACUUCGAACGAUGAGUCGGAAAUAGCCGAGGAUUUUCAUAUCGCAUUGGAACCCUAUCAGGAUGACACCAUGCUCAAUAUGGCCUACAAGAUGUAUGUUAUGCAUGAAUUCGAAAUACGGCCGGAAUUUCAUGAGAUUUUAACUGAGAAGUUCCACUCGGAACCUGAAAAUGUAGAUUUCUCUGAGAACACAGUUGCUGCAGAAAAGAUUAACGAGUGGAUAGAGACCAAGAUGAAUCAUCUUAUUAAAGAUCAGGUCAGCCCAGAUAUACUUAAUGAAACCACAGGACUCGUUCUUAUAAGUGCUGCUCACUUUAAAGCCGAGUGGAGCAUCGGAUUUUCUGUGCGGGCCACUCGCCGAGAGUUUUUUAAUAUCGACCCAAAGAACAAAAUCAGAGUGCUGAUGAUGAAUAAUUUCCAUGAAUAUGACUAUGCGGACCUAAAACAAUUCGAUGCAAAAGCUUUGCGUCUAAACUUCAGUAAUACCCCUCUGCAAAUGAUUAUCAUCCUGCCAAAUAAUGCCUUUGGGCUAGAGACUCUAAUAGAAGCAUUGUCCACAACAUCGCUGGAGAGUAUUAUUUCAUUGCUAACUCGAAAGCGAGUCUACUUAAAGUUGCCCAAGUUCACGGCUGAAUUCGAACAGGACUUGACACCUGUUUUCCCAGAGCUUGGCGUGAAGAGGAUCUUUAUGAAUAAAGCCGAAUUGGGUAAAAUUUCUGAAACGAAUCGAGUAAUAAAAGUCUCCAGUGUUUUACACAAGGCAUCCAUUGAAUUAAGCGAAGAAGGCGACGAGGUAUUGCCCCUGCCGGAACUGAAACCAACCAUGGUUAAGGGCAAAAUUCGUAAACCCCCGUCGCCCGUCAACUUUUACGCGGAUCAUCCAUUUUAUUAUGCCAUCUAUGAUGCGGUCCAUGGACCCCUGGUCGUGGGUAGCCUCCAAGCCCCACUCCCUGCUCCUUGCAUUAAUAAUCCGCUGAAACCAUGCUAUUGCGAGAGAUCUUAGAAACAAAGAAUUAUUAUAUAAUACAU